UGCCUUCCUUUUCUGCAGUGCUGAUUCCUUCUGCUAAAGAUGGCUCAGAAAUGGGCAGUUCUGGCUGUGCUCCUUUUCUUGCCAAUCAAUCUGGUUGAAGCUCACAACUGGGUGAGUGCGGAGAUUGGCCGUGAAGCUGUGCUGAGUUGCCCCAACAUCUCCGAGGUGCCUUUGCUGGUGAUUUGGAAGAGGAAUCGCACAAGUUGCUUGUCCUACAGAAGGGAUCUCAAUAAGACAAGCAGCCUGAACUGCAGUGAGAGGAUCACAUGGAAAUAUUCACCUGGCAGAGACCCUGCACUUCGUAUUUACCCUGUGGACCUCGAGGAUGAGGGAAUUUACACCUGUGACUUGGUCAAUGCCGAAGGGAAUUUUCAGUUGCUCUCUUCUCUGAUUGUGAUAGUGCCUCCUACAGUGACUCUGACCCAUGACAAGAGCAGGGUGGCUGUGUGCCAGGCAUCUGCAGGAAAGCCAGCUGCUGACAUCUCCUGGAUCCCUGCAAGCAACCACAGCUCUGAGGAGGAAUUCCAUCACCCCAACGGAACAGUGACCAGAGUGAGCUACUUUGGCUGGGCCAACAGCUCAAUUCCCUCUGUCACCUGCCUGGUCACCCACGCAGCCAUGAACCAGACUCUGGUCAUGGACCUGAGAUAUACCUCCCAUAUGCUUCUCUACAUCCUGAUGGCAGGAGCAGCUGCAGGUGCCAUUGCUGUCACUGGUCUGACUUUAUGCUUGAUUUUCAAGUGCAGAGCUUGCUGCUUACCAAAACGGGCACGGGGCCCAGCAGAACACUCCACAGCUAGAGCCUCGAAGUUCCCACCUUCACAUGCAAGAAGAGCAGCAGUCAAUCCUCCUGACUUUGCAGAGAGCAGCUAUGUGAAUUACAACCCAAGAUCUAUGUAUGUAAGAUUAGGACAGUGUAGGCACAAGUAGCCAGCUCAGCUACUAAUGAUACCCAGGUACUCAAACUUGUACUUCAACUCUUAAGCCUCAGACCUUACCCCCAAAAAACUUUGUCUUUCCUGACCUGACGAUGGUGGACAACUUACUCACUUUAGUAAGUUCUUUUCUCUUUCUCUAAAUAUCAGUACAGCUCUAGAGAAAGUUGGAAAUUUUAAAUAUUGAAUUAGGGAAAUACCUUAAUUUUGUUAGAAAAUGGACUCUGAUGUAGGUGCUGACUUUCCUCAAAACAAUGAUGGACAUAUUUCUGUGCCAGAGUAAAAGACUGCUGGUGAAAAUGUAGCACUUUUCUUUCAAUUUUUACAACUGGAUUCACUGUAAAGUUCCGUGUUGGAAACUUGAAAGUGGCAUGGGAGACCUCAAAACACAGAAGGUCAAAGCAAUACAUCUAACAGAAAUGCCCAAAUGAGAGAGUUUUAGGGGUUUUGCUUGUUUUGUUUUCUGGUUGCAAUGACAGAUGAUGACCUCAUAUUUGACAUCUUUGUAUUUUUAACAUAUUUCUUUUUCAAUUAAUCUUUCUGUUUGCAUUACUAAUUGAUGGAAAAUAAAACCAAUUUGAUCUUAUACUGGAUAUGGAAAUAAGAAACAGCAAUGGACAAUUUUUGGACACAUGAGAAUAUUUACUGGAAGGAUUUUUGUGGUUAUUUGGGAAAUGUUUUUUCACCAAUUUCUGAGAAGCUGAGAUCACAUCAUGGUUUUACUGAGAACAGAAAUGUUAAGUUGUAUAAGGUGCAGGUGGUGUGCUUGUUUAAAACAAAGGAAAAAAAGACAACCCUAACCACACAAUUUAUUUCUUUUCAUCUUCUGUCCCCAAGC